CCACCACCACCACCAUCUCAGGUAUGGCAACGUCCUACACCCUCCUGAUUUCAUUCCACAACCAUAUACUAAUCACCUUCCGCCACCGCCGCCCCCACCUCAACCUCGUCCUUCGCAAAUCCUUCUCCCACCACCACCACCACCGCCGCCGUCUCAGUCUCGUUCCAUCGCAAAUCCUCCACUUCCCCCUCGCUUCACUUUCUCUCCACCACACCACCCUAUUAUUGAAAGGUCUCAUCCUUACGAACUUCCGCCAUCAAAACCCUAUUUCUAUCGCGAAAUUCUUCCUUCGCCUCCACCUCCACCACCGAGAGAAAACAGACCUUUACCGUUUAUCCAUGAUUUUCCCGAGCGAAACCCAAUCUUCAAGGCUGAGAUUUUUCGUCCGGGUUCUAGUGAUAAUUAUUUUCAUGACCUGGCCGAAAAGUGGGAUCGAGAUUUGCGUUGGGGUCCGAAGGAACUUCACACAAGGGUUUCGGAUAUAGUAGAUCAUGGGAGAGACCGUGAUGUUAUAUUUCAGAGUCGGGAGAUGUACGACAAGAAGGCUGAUGAUAGGAGAUGGGAUAUUGGCAGUAAUGAUUGGGCCCGUAGCUUAUACAAGGAGAGAAAUUAUGAAGAGAGGAGAUGGGAUAGCAGUAUCAAUGAUCGGAGUCGUGAGUUGUUCCUUGAGACAGAUUAUGAUCAGAGGAGAUGGGAUAAUCGAACCGAUGACCCAGUUCAGAAGUUCUACUUUGAGGGUGGUGAGGAAAGGAGAUGGAAUUAUGGGAAUAAUGAGGAGGUUUGGUUACGACUGGAGAAGAGGCAACGGUGUGUGGAGGAUAAUUUGAAUUUGGAUAGAUUUAGUGGUAGGUUGGGGAGGGUCGUUAUCGGGGGAGAUUUAAUUAGGUCUAAGAAGAAGAGAAGAAUGCAGAAAAAGAAUGCUUUAAGGAUUAAAUUAGGAAAAGCUUGCAGCAGGCAUGGUGGAGGUUAUAAGUCUCAGCAUUUUUCAAAGGAGUUGAGUAGCGGUAGUUUCAGAGGCAACAGAAAGCAAGAGUUUGAGUGGUCGCAACCAAGAAGUGAAGACAAGCGAGAGAGGGACCAAAGUCCUAUGGAGCUUGCUAUUUCAUUUAAGUCAAAUGCACUCGUGGCCAAGGCUAUUUUGGCACCGUCUUGUCCAGGUGUUAAGUCAGAUUUAUAUUUGAGCGAUGCGGACAAUGGAGAAGCAUAUAAUAUGUCUGGUUCGCCAUCCAACAAAACCAAGGAUGUGGUUGGAACUGACAUCUUGAGACGUGGGUCAGAUCUCCGAUAUGAUUCACAGGGAAGUUCAAAAGAGCUUCCAGAUGAAGCUGCGGUUUCUGGGAGAGGAAAUGUGACUGCCAGUGAUGCUAAUGAUCUAGGUGAAAAUGCUCUAAAGAAUGAAAAAGACAUGAACUUAUGGGCCGCCAACAACAUUGGAUCUGGCAGAAAACGUAGAAGCAGGUUAAGGAAAAAGAGGAAAAAUGGAAAGCAGCAUUUACGUGAAACCAAUCUGCAGAUAACAAAAGAUAUUGGAGAUAUCAAUAAUGCUAAGGAUAGCAUUAAUAGUCCGUGUGUUGUCCCUCUGCUAAACUCAGAUACAACUCUAUCCAAAGGGAACACGUCUUCUGAAUUUAUUGGUACUGUUCCUGAUACUGUUUUGCCCCCUUCACUAGGGUGCGUGGUUUCUGAGAAUGGUGACAUUAGUUCUGAUUCUUAUAAACCUUCUGUUCCUAACUUGAAGAGAAAAAGGAGCGGUUUGACCACAUUAUCAGCUUCAUCGUGCAUGGCUGAUAAUUCAGGCUGCAGGUGUUCUGGCCAUGCAGAGAGUUUGGUACCUACUACUGAGGACACUGAUCAUAUGUGCCGAGUGAGGGCUGAUGAGGGAGUCCCUUAUGCACAUGAACCUUUUUUGGCCAAUGAGAAUACUGGUCAUGAAGGCAGUUUGGGCUUCAAUUACUGUGCUGAUUCUCACGUCAAAUUUGUAAGUAAUAGGGCUUCCGUGUUGGGUACAGAGAAGAGCCCAGUUGAGUCUUUUGAUCGACGUAGAUUAGAUUAUACUAGUGAACAUUCUUCCCGGGAUGGGCUAGCAUCAUUGGAAAAUGCUUUUGCUAAAGGAGCUUCCGGAGUUAAGGUUUCGGUUGAAGGUCAUGGUAUGGUUGGCUUUUCAAGACCUCAGGAAGAUAAGUAUUUCUCAGAAAUUCAUGAACCAAAUCCAGUUUCAGUGUCCUUCAGUGCAUUACUUCAAAAUCCUGAGAGUGUUAUCAUUUCUAAUGUGGGCGCUGCAGAUGGUAAUUCAGAGGAGGUUUUUUCAGACCAGGUGAAUAUACGGCAAAUUGGGUUAGAUGCAGAUGAAUUCAGAAGUUUAGAAGGUGCUGAUGUUGCUGAUUAUUCAAACGUUAGUUCUGGUAUUGCCGCUAGUUCUCAUUUUCUUUCAGCAGAUUGUAAGGGGAUCAUAACUCAAUUCGAUGUUUCUUUUCCUGGUUUGAUGUGCAAAAAGUCAUCAUUUGAUGGGGCUGAAUUAUCAGAUAAAGUUGGAUCUAUUGAAGGAUCUCCAAAGGCAAUAAGUAAUGUGAACGCUUGCUUAUCUAUCAAUUAUUCACCCAGCCUAGUUGGAAAGAGGAAAACUAGAGAUGCUCAGAUGGGUCUUUCUGGUUCAAAGACUAAUCUGGUCGUUAGAACAGCUAGAUCUAAUGGUUUUGAAGUUGCAAGACUUUUGGCAAAGGAUCGACUUCCUUCUCUGGAAGUUGACUGUCGUGGUGAGAAAGACAGCUGUGAGGAGGAUGACCGCUUAAACAAAGGGUGCUCUAGAGUUGGAGAUUCGAGUCUAGAGGUUGAUCAUGGCGCAAAUGGCUACAGGAAGAAGAGGAAAGGUGGCAGCCCACUAUCAAAUCUCUCAUCAAUUUUAGAAGAUGAUACAGUUGCAGAUGGGCUUACCAGUGAUUACCCAAAACUUGAUCAGGGGUUUACUGGACCAUCUGAAUGUGAAGCUGAGCAAAGAGAUGUUCCUCCAUAUGUAUCUGCUGCCAUAGAAAAUUGUGAUACUUCCGAUGUGGAUGGCAAAGUUGGUAGUGAAACCUUUUAUGUUGGAGAUGAGAACGAGACUAUGGCUGAUGACGCGGAGCUGCAUGGGAAUGAUGGUCUGGCUUCUAGUGCGAAGAAUCUGCCUUUGUUUGCUGAUAGAAACUGUGUCUAUGCUUCUAGUUCUAGUGAUGAACUGUUAGCAUCUGGCUUUGAUAGGCAAUCCUGUAUGAGUUCUCCUGAAGAAUUGGCUUCUUACUCGGACUUUUCAAGGAACACCAGAACUUCAUCCCGCCGGUUAGCAAAUGAAAUGAGUUAUUGGAGAAGCAAUUUAUCUAACAGAAAGCUUGCGACUGCUGAUCAUAAUGCCUUUUCUCUUGGGAAAUCUUUGCAGAAGGCUUCAGACGAUUCACUAACUAAUGCUGAUCCAUUAUCUCCACCUGAGGAUAAUAAUAAAGUGGUGAAUAAGUUGAAUAUUGUACAUCAGAGGAAACUAACUUUGAGUGAGAAACAGUCUACUUCUGCUAUUCCCAAAGUUUUUCCGGGACAUCCUUUAAAUUUUAGCAAUCCAAGGAAAUUUCCUUCUACUCAUGUUACAAAAUCAAGGACGUGGCAUCGAACUGGUAGCUUUCCCCUUGCAGUUACAGAACCAAAAUCACAGCUUUAUCCCCUCCCCAAGAGUCAUGGAACAAAGACAGCCAGAACUACACACAGUUCAUAUAUACGAAAGGGUAAUAGUCUAGUGAGAAACCCUUCCCUGUCUCAUUUCACUCCACCUGGAUUUCAUGGUUCCACUUCCUCAAUUUAUAGGCUGACUCCUUGUUCAGAUAAUUCGAAGAAUAACCAAGCAUCUGAUAGCAAGGGUGAUGCUGAUGCUCCAACUCUACUGAGAACAGAGCAGGUAACAUCUCAGACAUUUGAGGCACUGCCUAUACAUCACAGUCAGAAAUCAGUGAACUGCAUAGUGAACAACUUGGAAGAUCUUUUGCCAGUAGGAAAUGCCCCCAGAAACAGUUCUCUGUCUAAAACUUCAGAUGCUUCAGAAAAAACCAUAACCUCUUCUGCGGUUCCUGAAAUCCAGACUGGUUUGGUCAAUAACUCAGACAUCCCGAGACCUGUAGAAGGGAUGGGAAAGAAGAUAAUGUAUGUUAAGAGAAGAUCUAAUCAGUUGGUUGCGGCUCCUAAUUCUGAUGAUAUGUCUAUGUUAGGGGUAGAUAAAAACCAAGCAUCAAUAUCUGAUGGUUACUACAAGAGUAGGAAAAAUCAGCUUGUAAGAGCUUCAUCAGAAAAUCAUGUGAAAAAAGGGAAUACAAAUUUAAAAUCAUGUGGGCUUGCGUCUCACACUGUUCUUCCUAGAACUUCUAGCAGGCGGCAGGCUGGUUUUGCCAAGACGUAUAGAUCUUCAAAAUUUUCAUUUGUGUGGAAACUACAUGAUAAGCAAUCUUCGGAGAAAAAUAAGAAUUCAGUAGGACCUCAGAAAGUAUGGCCACAUUUGCUUCCGUGGAAAAGAGCUUCAUAUUGGAGAAGUUUUGUGCAUGCUUUAGGUACUAAACCAAACAACAGUGCCCUCUCCACUGCCAGCCAAAAAUUGCUGAUCUCAAGAAAAAGAGGCGCCAUUUACACAAGAUCAAUUCACGGAUAUUCUCUUAGGAUGUCCAAAGUUCUAAGUGUUAGUGGCUCCAGUUUGAAGUGGUCAAAAUCAAUUGAGAAGAACUCAAAAAAAGCUAAUGAGGAAGCUACACGAGCUGUUGCUGCAGCUGAGAAGAGGAAAAAAGAAGAAAAGGAUUCUCUUCCCAUUGCGUCAAAGAGCAGAAAUCAUGUUUCUCGUGAACGGAUAUUUCGUAUUGGUUCAGAGCGAUACAAAAUGGAUCCAACAAGGAGGACCCUUCACAGGAUUACAGAAGUAGAACCAUUGUCUUCGGUUGUCCUCGAUUCUGAGAAGAAUGCUAAGAGAUCUUAUGUUCCCAGGAGACUGUUGAUUGGCAAUGAUGAGUAUGUUCGAAUUGGCAAUGGUAAUCAACUGGUCAGAGAUCCGAAAAAGCGAACACGUGUCCUGGCAAGUGAGAAGGUUCGAUGGAGUUUGCGUACUGCCAGAUUGCGAAUGGCUAGAAAGAGAAGAUAUUGCCAGUUUUUUACUAGAUUUGGAAAAUGCAACAAGGAUGAUGGGAAGUGUCCCUACAUCCAUGACCCCUCCAAAAUAGCAGUCUGCACUAAAUUUCUGAGUGGUUCAUGCUCCAAUCCUGACUGCAAAUUGACUCACAAGGUUAUCCCUGAGAGGAUGCAAGAUUGUUCAUACUUUCUGAAAGGCUCAUGCUCUAAUGAAAAUUGCCCUUAUAGACAUGUAAAUGUGAAUCCCGAUUCAACUGUGUGUGAAAGUUUUCUCAGAGGUUACUGUGCUGAUGGAAAUGAGUGCCGGAAGAAGCACACCUAUGUCUGUCCUGCUUUUGAGUCAACGGGUGUCUGUCCUCAAGCGUCUACGUGCAAGCUUCAUCAUCCGAAAAAGAUGGAGAAGAAACCUACAACUGAGCCAAAGAUUGUACGAGGCCGAUACUUUGAUGGCGGGCUCAUAGGAGAUGCUGACUGCUGUAUGGAUACAACUGAGAAGCUAUCUGCAAAAGGUAAGGAUGAAAGCGUUUGCCAUGAAGGAAAAUUUCCAGAUUAUAUUAGCUUAGACGUCAGUGAUGAGGAAAUGGACCAUAUACUAGGCCCGAGACAAGUGUGUGAUGACAUCAUGCAAGAUGCACAUUAGUCUAACUAUGAACAGAGACAGUGAUGGAUUCAUCCCCUGCAAUUGACAGCCAGGAUGAUAUCACAGCAAAGUAAUGGAAGAAACUCAUAGGUAGUGCCUGACUGAUUGGAGUUCUUUUGUGAUUUAUGCGUUCUAAGUUUUACUAUAGGUUGGUAGGUUAUAGGUGUGUAGGUAUAGGAUGAGAUUUUGUAUAGACUUUGUAAGAACAAAAUUGAGCAAUGAAAUUUGAGUUUGCUGAGUUC